AUGACAGGCCUGUGCGGAAUGUCAUCACAUCAGAAGCUCUCGACUUGCAUUUCAGUCCUUAUUUCUAGAAGUCGGCAAUAUCGGCCAACGUUGGCAAACUGGCAGGAGUUCCUAAUGCCAUCGUCCGGCAUCUUGGUAACCGCCCCGCGGCAUCAUCAUUGUUUGUUUCGCAGCGGAUGA